AAUGUAAUACGGUUUACUUCCAAUACCUAUUCGAGUUUAAAAUAGUUUUUUUUUAAAUCUUAACAGCUAAGUAAACGGUUUGUGGUUUAUUAUUUAUUACACUAUUUUCAUUUUCUGUACUGUUGUAAAGUUAACAAGUUUAAACAGCGGCAUUCAUAAUUCUGCGUUAAGUAUUCAAAUAUUAAUUUGUUUGUGGCGCUCUGCUUCAUACGAAACAGGUGAAAUUAUUCUUUAAAACUAAACUUUUCAGUAGUAUUGUAAGAAAAACUGUAAUUAGUCGCUUCUUCAAUCAUUUAAGUUAUACUUUUAAAUUUUUUUAUUUAAUAUUACGUAAUCAUAACUGUUUAUUGAAAAUUCAAAAUGACCUAUUAUAAUUACAUCGUAGUCAGUUUAAUAAUAUUUUGUACAAUUACGAACACCGAAACAACGGCUAAUUCAUUAAGAGUUAUACGAAUCUUAAAAAAUCUAUUCAAGCAUUCUGGAUGGCAAAAUUUAAAUGACGUAAAUAGUAUAAAAUACAUGAAUAUUGAACAUAAAUUAAAUAAUGUUAUUUGCAAUCGAAUCGAUAGAAAUAAUUGUAAUUCCCGAAUUCGAUUGGCAACUGUUUAUCUGGGCUGUAAUUAUGCCAAAUUUUUAAAAAAAAUUAUUUUGAUACUUCAACAUUUUCAUACUCACUGUGAAGAUUUAAAAGGUAAAAGUAAUAGAGACGACUGCAUUUUAAAACUUCUUAACACAAUACAUAUAAUAAGAAAAGAAACGCCAAAGUUAAGAGGCGCCAUGGAUCUAUUGGACAGCUUUCGAAGUUUGCCACGGAAUCAUUCAAAAGAAACGUUUAUUUUAAUCCCUAUAAUAAUAUAUUUAGAAAAUAGUGAAAUUCCCCUUCCUAUACAGGAUAAUUUAACAGACACUAGUAAGUCACUUAAUAAAUUAAAUGAAUUAAUAUUAGAAAUUAAAGCAAAUCUAGAUUUUGACAUUUCAAAAUAUUGUAAUAUUACUUGUGUGUCUGAUGAUCUUAUGUUACAGCAGCAAUAUAAUAUCGAAAUCGAAAAAAACACUAUAAUAAUAAAUAAUGAACGACUACUUUAUAAAUAUUUCAGUAAUAAAAUAAAUGAUGAAAUUCAAGUUACGAUUAAAGAAAAAUUUUACGAUUUAGGAUUCCAAUAUGACAUUAAAACUGGCAAAACGACAAUACCAAUACAUAUUGACCUGAACUCUAGAGGAAGGUUUUGUAAAGUUCUUCAUAAACAUGGUGUGUAUCAAAAGACAGCUGUUUCUACGCAGUCAGUAGAUAAUUCUAUUGAAAGUGAAUCUAGCGAAGAUGAUGAAAAGGAAUUUGACAAUGAGAAAUUGACAAAAAAGUUAAAACGUAUUGCCGAAAAUCAAGAUACUCAGUCUUCAACAUUUAUUGAAUCACCAGAAAACCGAGUUUAUUUUAAUAAAUAUCUUGAUUAAUUAUUGGUUCAACAUUUUUAUUAAUCAGUUAAUUUUUCUAAUAUCAUAUAAUCUAAAUAUGAUAUUAAUAUAUAACAAAUUCAAGUUUAUUCAGUUUUAUGUGAAAGAGAAAUAAAUUAAAAUACAUAUCUUUAAAUAUAAAAUUACAGUAAAUAUAAAAUUUUUGAAAAUACAUUUAUUUUACUUUAAGUGCAUAAAGAUUUUUUAUGUGUAAAAAGCAGGAUUGAGAUGCUUAUGACAUUUUGUUGUAAACUUCAUAAUUAAAACAUCAAAUUAAUCAAUCCAUUUUGUUUAGAUCAUUUAAAACAAUUAUUUCAAACAACAAACACUUGAAAAAAUCAAGUUUAAAACAUAUAAAAAAAUUAUUAAGAAAAGAUAAUAUUAUAACAUUACAAUCCUCUUUGAAACUAUUACCGCUAAUUUUUUAAUUAAAAAAAAAAAAAAAACAUUUUUUUCUAUCUCAGAAAAAUGUGGCCAAACCAGUACUCUUAAAAAUGUCCGAAUUUUCACAUACAUGUACUGGAUGUUUUCAAUGCAUAAAAUGUAAGGAAAAUUUUUAAUAAAUAAUGAUUUAAGUGUUAUUUUUGUGUUUUAAUUAUAAACCUCACCAUUUUGGCCAAAUAAAAUUAUUAGUAUUAUAAGUCUUUUUAUUAUCCUUAAAAUGUUAUAACUAAAUUUUGUAACUGUUCGACUUAUAAUAAUUUAUUUACUUGUAAUUACAUUUAAAAAAUUUAAGAUAAAGUAUAACUGAAUAAAAAACUAAUAAACACCUAAUU